AUGUAUCUGCAGAAAAUCACCGCCGCCGGCCUCGCUCUAGCUAGCGUCGCAUCAUCUGGGGACACCGUCGCCAAAGGCCACGUACUCGACUUCGCCGUGGAGAAGUGCAUCGACAGCGACGGAAACAUUCGCUGCACCAAGCCGUUUGGCGUCAAGGAGGGCUCGUGCUACAGAUUCGAGUGGUCUACAAACGGGGCGCUUGCUCACACGACGGUCGAGGUUAAAGAUGCCGGCAGCGGAGAGAUUGUGUACUAUCGGGAUACCGACGGCGAGUGGAAGCCCGAGAAGAACGAGCUGGUGUAUCUGGACUUUAAGCCCAAGAUUUGGGGACAGGGCAACGAGACUGUGGAUUACGAGGUCAAGAAGUGUGAUGAUGAGGAUGAGCUGUAG